CUCAGUGCACUGCCUGUCAAGCAGUGAGCAGCACAGCAGCCAGACGCAGCAGAGACCCAGCAGCCGCCUCGCCUCACCUCUCAGUUUCAGGUUCCAAAUAUGGCCGCCACAACGCCGAUCUCUGCCGAGGAGCUGGAGGAACUCCGAGAAGCUUUUGCCAAAAUUGAUGUGGACAACAACGGCUUCAUCAGUAAAGACGAGCUGACGGAGCUUUUCAAAGCCGCUAACUUGGCGCUGCCGGGCUACAAGGUCCGAGAGAUCGUCCAGGAGCUGACCCAGACCAGCGACCAGCUCACCUUUGACGAGUUCACUCAGGUGGUCCACGGACUGAAGAGCAGCGAGGUGGCGAAGACCUUCAGGAAGGCGAUCAAUAAGAAGGAGGGAAUCUGUAACGUGGCGGGAACCUCAGAGCAGUCGGGCACUCAGCACUCGUACUCCGAGGAGGAGAAGGUGGCCUUUGUGAACUGGAUCAACAAAGCUCUGGAGAAGGAUGCCGACUGUAAACACGUCCUGCCGAUGGACCCCAACAGCAACGACCUGUUCACCGCCAUGGGAGACGGCAUCGUCCUCUGUAAGAUGAUCAACCUUUCUGUCCCCGACACCAUCGACGAGAGGACCAUCAACAAGAAGAAGCUCACGCCGUUCACCAUCCAGGAGAACCUGAAUCUGGCUCUGAACUCGGCGUCGGCCAUCGGCUGCCACGUGGUGAACAUCGGAGCCGAGGACCUGAAGGAAGGCAGGCAGCACCUGGUCCUCGGUCUGCUGUGGCAGGUCAUCAAGAUCGGACUGUUCGCCGACAUCGAGCUGAGCAAGAACGAAGCUCUGGUGGCUCUGCUGCGUGACGGAGAGAGUCUGGAGGAUCUGAUGAAACUUUCCCCCGAGGAGCUGCUGCUGCGUUGGGCCAACUAUCACCUGGAGGAGGCCGGCUGCACCAAAAUCAACAACUUCAGCUCCGACAUCAAGGACUCCAAGGCGUACUACAACCUGCUGAACCAGGUGGCCCCCAAAGGAGACGAGGAGGGCGUCCCCCCGAUCGCCAUCGACAUAUCAGGACUGCGGGAGAAGGAGGACCUGAAGCGAGCCGAGCUCAUGCUGGAUCAGGCCGACCGGCUCGGCUGCAGACAGUUCGUCAUGCCGACAGACGUCGUCCGCGGAAACCCAAAACUGAACCUGGCUUUCGUUGCCAAUCUGUUCAACAAGUACCCGGCUCUGAAGAAACCCGAGAACCAGGACAUCGACUGGAGCGCCAUCGAAGGUGAGACGAGGGAGGAGCGGACCUUCAGGAACUGGAUGAACUCUCUGGGGGUCAAUCCUCGGGUCAACCACCUCUACGCAGACAUCGACGACGCUCUGGUGAUCUUCCAGUUGUACGAGAAGAUUAAGGUGCCGGUGGACUGGGACAAAGUCAACAAGCCCCCCUACCCCAAACUGGGCAGCAACAUGAAGAAACUGGAGAACUGUAACUACGCCGUCGAGCUGGGAAAGACGAAGGCCAAAUUCUCUCUGGUGGGAAUCGCAGGUCAGGACCUGAACGCAGGGAAUCGAACCCUCACCCUCGCUCUGCUCUGGCAGCUCAUGAGGAGAUACACCCUGAACAUCCUGGAGGACCUCGGCGAUGGGCAGAAAGUGAACGACGACACCAUCGUGUCCUGGGUGAACGACACGCUCACACAGGCCGGAAAACCCACCAUCUCCAGCUUCAAGGACGGAUCGAUCAGCAGCAGUAUGCCGGUUCUGGACCUGAUCGAUGCCAUCCAGCCGGGAUCCAUCAGAUACGACCUGCUGAAGACAGAAGACCUGACUGAAGAAGAGAAGCUCAACAACGCAAAGUAAGAACACAUUUAUUUGGUUAUU